AUGGGGAAUAUUUUUGGGAAUUUGCUGAAAAGCCUCAUAGGAAAGAAGGAGAUGAGGAUCUUGAUGGUGGGGCUGGACGCCGCGGGGAAAACGACGAUCCUCUACAAGCUGAAGCUGGGUGAAAUCGUCACCACCAUCCCGACCAUCGGGUUCAACGUGGAGACGGUGGAGUACAAGAACAUCAGCUUCACCGUGUGGGACGUGGGUGGGCAGGACAAGAUCCGUCCCCUGUGGAGACACUAUUUUCAAAACACACAGGGUCUGAUCUUUGUGGUGGACAGUAACGACAGAGAGCGUGUGAAUGAGGCGAGAGAGGAGCUGAUGAGGAUGCUGGCUGAGGACGAGCUGAGGGAUGCGGUCCUGCUGGUGUUUGCUAACAAACAGGACUUACCAAACGCCAUGAACGCUGCAGAGAUCACAGACAAGUUGGGUUUACACUCCCUGCGUCACCGCAACUGGUACAUCCAGGCCACCUGCGCCACCAGUGGCGACGGCCUGUACGAAGGUCUUGAUUGGCUGGCCAAUCAACUCAAGAACAAGAAAUAAGAUGAAGUGGGGGGAAAAAAAGCCACUGGCUCCAUCCACCAUUCCUUGUUUUUGUUUUCAGAGUAAGACUGUGGGUUUAGGCAAAGGUUUUGGCUCGAUAGGUGCAACGCAAGAUUCAGGGUCAGAGGUCGAUUUUUGGUUUUUAUUUAUACAGUAUCUGGUAGAGUUUAUCAUAGUGCUGCAACAGAUUCCUACGUAUAUCACAUUUAACUACUCCACACACACACAGCAACUAAUCAUGUGAUCAGUCAUAACAUAUUACCUGCUUUUCCUGUUUCCACCUCCGGUCCAUAGGUGCCACUGUUUGUCAGUUUAAGAACGUGCGUGACUCCACUGGGUUGACAGUUGAGUUUGGAUUUUUUUUUUUUUUUUUUUAGCUGUCAUUCUCAGAACACAUUCUGUCAGACGCUCUGUGCUGUAUGUGGUUUUUUUUUUCAUUUCCUGUGAUUUAACAGAGCUCAUCAGAAUGCGUCAGCGACUCUGUUACUGUGACUACAGUGUUAGUGAAAGUGAGACGUUCAUCACUAACAACAUGUCAUCCCGCCGCUUCUUACUGAACCAUAGCUUGUUAGCGAACGGCAGCCUUCUCCUUAACCCCCGACUUUUAAUAUUUUAAAAUGCACAACACAUUUUAACCAGCCUGACCUGAAUGCACCGCGGCAGAAACCACUGACACGGCUGCUUCGCUUCUCCUCCUCAUCCUCUGAGCUGCAUGACGAUCACAGUCCAGCGCUCCAUGUCCUGACAUCAGCACUGACGUCGUGAUGUUCAUGGUCAGCCAGGGAAACAACCACAACCUGCUGCUCUGACAUCGUGUGUGUUCACAUCAUCUGCAUCACUUCAGUUCCUAGUUCUGUGUAUUUUAUGAGGUCCUUGUGCCGUCUGUCACUCUGUGUUACUGAAUGUUAAUAUUGUGAAUGAAACUGAAAAGUCACUGGACUGAUAUUUAUUUGAUAAGUGAGCUCCGUUAUUCUCCGUGUAUUUGUGUGAGGGAAAAAAGAAAAAAGCAGGGUCAGCAGAGGGGAUUGUGGGUGUUGUAGUUUUUAAGCAGAUUCAUCCGCUGGUCUCCGACUCACCUCUGGACAGGAGUGGAGUUCCCGCGUCCCUUCUGAUACCAGCAGAAACCAGAUCUUUGUCACUGAAAUGAUAUCCGUGUGCCGUACAUUGGUACUGCUACUCAGUACGACACACGUACUCAACAAAUACUCUGUCCAUCAUACCAUCAGUGUGUGGUUCUAUAUAUUCAACAUCUCAUUUUAAUAGUGAGUUUCAUCUGGGUUUUGUGGCCUUAUAUGAUGUCAUGACCGUCGACGACCUGGUUUGUUUUAGUCCGACGAUUGAUCAAAUAUCUGUUAUGGUUUGCAGUCGUGUUUUUUCUGAGGUAUUCAGGAUGGUUUUGCACCACAGGCGAGAUGAUGAGGCAGAGGUUGAUUGUAUUUUCAUUUUCUUCCUUUACACGUUAACGAGAUGGAUAUUUAAAUUCUUUGAUUUGUUCAAGGCUGUAGAGAACCUUCGAUGUAGACUGUCAGUGUAAAACAGUGGUGAUCAAUGUGAAAAAAAACCCAAACCUCUGAUGGUUGUGUCAAUACUUUAAAUUUACACAAGUAAGAUAAAAAAAACAACAACAACAACCUGAUAAGGCUCAGUGCUGAAUGCAUGGAAACAUCUAUCUGUAUGUGAUGAUGUUGGACGACAAACAAAAAUCCUGCUGUAUUACAAAUAAACCCAUUUUCUCUAUGA